GGGCUUCCUGUGUGGUAGCGACUCGGACGUGGCCGGUGGCAGAUCGCGCUCCCGUUCCGCACGUGCGCAGGGUUCUCGCAGCUUUUCUCCCGUGUCUCCUCGCCGCGCUGUGCAGCCAUGGCAGCCUACACGUGCAUCACGUGCCGCGUGGCGUUCAGGGACGCCGACGUGCAGCGCGCCCACUACAAGAGCGACUGGCACAGGUACAACCUGAAGCGCAAGGUCGCCGACAUGCCCCCCGUCACUGCCGAGAAUUUCCAGGAGCGGGUCCUGGCGCAGAGGGCCGUGGCAGAGGAGCAGAACAAAGUCACCGCCACCUACUGCACUGUCUGCAGCAAGAGAUUCUCCACUUUCAAUGCCUAUGAGAAUCACUUGAAGUCCAAGAAGCACCUGGAGCUGGAGAAGAAGGCUGUUCAAGCUGUCAGCAAGAAAGUGGAAAUACUGAAUGAAAAGAACCUGGAGAAGGGGCUGGCCCCAGAGGGUGUGAAUAAGGAUGCAAUGAACACAGCCAUUCAACAGGCCAUCAGAGCUCAGCCAUCUUCUUCUCCAAAGAAGCUCCCUUUACCUCCCAGUGAUGCCAGCAGCUCUCCAGUUUCUAUGGAAAGCCCCAGUUUAUCACAGAGUCGGGAACGAUCUGAAAAGCCUCCGAGGCUGCAGUGGUUCGAGCAGCAAGCAAAGAAGCUGGCCAAAGAGCAAGCGGAGGAAGAGGAGGAGGAUAUGGAAGAAGGCUGGGAAGAUAUAGACUCCGAUGAAGACAACGGCUCUGAGGAAGAGAUGGAAAACGUGGGAGAAGAGGAAGAAGAGGAACAGGAGCAGGCAGCAGCUGGGAGCUGUCCUGCUGCCGGGGCCAUUCCCGUCACGGACUGCUUGUUCUGUCCCCACCAUUCCAAAUCUCUCAUGAAGAAUGUGGCCCACAUGACAAAAACCCACAGUUUCUUCAUUCCAGACAUCGAGUACCUUGUCGAUCUCAGAGGCCUAAUUAAGUACUUAGGAGAGAAAGUUGGUGUUGGGAAAAUCUGCCUGUGGUGCAAUGAAAAGGGGAAAUCUUUCUACUCUACGGAAGCAGUACAGGCUCACAUGAAUGACAAAAGCCACUGCAAGCUCUUUACAGAUGGAGAUUCUGCCCUGGAGUUUGCAGACUUCUAUGAUUUUAGGAGCAGUUACCCUGAUCACAAGGAAGGGGAAGAUGUGGAGGUGUCUGGAGAGCUCCCAGCAGAGCGAGAUUUGGAAUAUGACGAUGACACCAUGGAACUGAUCCUUCCUUCAGGUGCGAGAGUUGGGCACCGCUCCCUGCUGCGGUACUACAGGCAGCGCUUCGGCUUCGCCCGCACCGUGGCCGUGGCGAAAAACAAGAGGGCGGUGGGCCGGGUGUUGCAGCAGUACAGAGCGCUGGGCUGGACAGGCCACGCAGGGCUAGCCUCCGCUCAGCAGCGUGAUAUGCAGUAUCUUCAGAGGAUGAAGUCAAAGUGGAUGCUCAAGAUGGGAAUGAACAACAACGCCACCAAGCAGAUGCAUUUCCGGAUGCAAGUCAGAUUUUGAGCUCCCCAGAGAGCUCAGAAUGCAACCAGUCUUGCAGAGGAGGCCUUGAUAGCUGCUGGUUGGAGGGUUCUGGUAUUAAAAUGCACUGGGUACCUAACAAAUGGUGGUGUGUGAGCUGCUGUGCCUUCCUGCCUGAGAAGGUACCUUGAGGGAGCUUGUCUCUGCCAGUGAAAUGAUAUUUGGCCAAGUUUAACCUUUUUUUUUUUCCAAUUAAAAAUUCGAUUAAUUCAAUUAAAUUCAUUUAAAAAUCAAUAACCUUGCUACUUUGGUGGCAAAGUAGCCAGUGCUGUGCAUAAGGAUGCCUGGAUAUUCUUGCUGCCCAUCUCUGCACCAUUCCUAUGGUGUCUUCAGGACAACUGCCACUGAGUAACUUCACUUUCCAAUUCUGCAAAAUGACUGAGACCAAAAGAAGGGCCUAGAUCCAGGUAUCCAAGGGGAAUGUGUUGAAGGUGUUUGAUGUUCUGGUGCUGGAAACGGCGUUAAUGGUGUUGGACUUCUAGCUGGUACUAUUGACAUGAAAAAAAUAAGAAAAAAGAAGGGUAAGAGAAGGGUUAAUUGAGACAAACUGACAAAGUGUAACUCCAGGACUAAUUUUGUCCUGUAAAAUGGACCUUAAUUUCCUAAUGCUCCAGCUCAGGGCUGCACUAGUAACAUACGCAGUAUAUUGGUCGUGCUGAAUUCUGUGAAUUUUUAUGCGCUACAAACUGCUCAAGAUUGUCGUAACUUUUAGGCCUUUGUCACUGUAAUCUUGUGAUAAUUUGAUGAAGAUCUGCCGAUUAAAACUCCGAAGUUACCUUUGACAUUAGCCUCUGCUUCUCCCAGCAAGUGCUGGGAAGGAAGUUUGCAGAAGGAAAGGCACCUGGAACACGGCAGCUAGAAGCAGCUGCCUUCCUGCCGGCCGCCCCGUGUCCCAGGAAGGGCUGCAGACAGGUACAGAGCAAACUCCCUUGUUGCAGGGCUCGGGACCCAGUGCUGCUGCUGCUGCCCCCAGUGCAGUCGGUGCAAAAAACUUCCACGAAGCUCCCUGGUUCUUGUGACCUUCAUGUAGGAUGAGCAGCUUCACAGCGAGGGGCAGGUCAGGCCUGCUCUGUCACUGUGAAGGCAGCUGCUUAGCCCACUCCAGCAUUGCUCUGGGCUCCCUAGUACGUGCCGUGCUUGGCGUGGUUUUUAUGCCAGUUUUCUUCUUGCACAAGUAUCCCUGGAGGGUAGGGGCCAACUGUUGUGAACUUUGUCAGUUGAAUUGUGUGGAUUCUGAUGUUCUGAAAUAGUGCACAGCGAGAGCUUUGUGUACUAAGUUCAGAAGCAGCAGUACUGCUGGCAGAGUAACACUUGAAAGGGUUUAUGUUUAUACAAAACUCCUAGGAAAGUGAUAAUUUAAAAAUGGAAGUCCAGGCUGUGUAUAUUUGUUGUGUGGGUUGUAAAUUUUGUGGGUUUUUUUCAUUUUUUAAAGUCCUCUUACAGUGGAAAUUUUUCUCGGCUCUUUCUCCUGAGAUGAGAAGACAGUCUGAACAGUAGCGGAGGUUGUCCCUAGGCAGGUGCUGCAUCACGUCCAGGUGACUCGCACACAGAAAGGAGCUGCACCCGAAGAGGGAGAACAGCUGUCUUCACUACGUGUGCCACGUGGGGGCAGGUUGGAGUGCAGCGAAACUGAAGCAGAAAAAAACAUUAUUUGUAUAGAUAGGGUGUCUUUACAUCCAGAAUCUUAACGUGGAGCUGGACUGAUGAACGAAUGCUGCUUUCUCACCCUCUUUUUCCCUGACAGGGCAGACUUAACACCCUUCUGUGUCCGUAGCUGCAUCUCACUCACAUCUCAACUUACUCUAGAGGCAAAUCUACUCUGUUAUUAAGGGCUUUAUCUUCAAAUGUAGCAGGUAGAGCCCUAUUCUCCACUGUGCAGCUCAAGCAGCAGGAAUGCUGAGACAUCAGCUCCGUUUACUCUCGUGACUUGGCCAUGGGGUGUGUAUAUACCUGAACUUGCAGUUCUGGUAUGGAUUUCUAGCACCAAGGACAUUCCUGGGUUCCCUGUUGGGCUUCAGCUUCUGGCUCUAGGAACAACUCGCAUCUUUUCUUGGAAGGUGGGGACUCCUGUGAGAGAGAGGGUCUAUGCCCAAGCUACGUUGCUUUUGCACAUGAAGCAAAAAUGAAGUGAAAUCUGCUCCUCCUUUAAAGCAGGCUGUAACUC